AUGCUUAGUUCUUUUGUUGGGAAGGUACAAAAGAGUUUAUCACUCUGUGUACCAAGAAAGCAUGCAUUGAGUUAUUGGAAUGAAGAUCAUGCCACUGCCACAACCGAGUUGGCUGAUGAUGUUAUGAAAGGCUACUUUGCUGUUCUUGCAAGGAAGGGUGAUGAAGCAAGAAGGUUUAUUGUAGGGUUAGAUUAUUUGACUGAUCCUGCUUUUGUGGGAUUGCUUGAUGAAGCUUCGGAGGAAUAUGGUUUCAGACAGAAGGGAACUCUUGUUGUUCCGUGUCGGCCGAUGGAGUUGCAGAGCAUUCUAGAUGGUCGGAAAACAUAG